UAUUUAACAAAGUGUGCAGAAGUUUGUUCUUUGUUCAUUCAUCUCUAUUAUUAUUAUUACUCAACUCUCAACUUAAGUUUACUUCCCAUGAUUUAACUUCAAUCAAUUUGCUGCCAAAGAAAGGAGAAGAAGACGAACAUAUACAACAAAACUACGAUACUUUUGGAUUUUUAUGGCUUCCUCGUCUUUACCUAAAAAUACCAAUUUCUUUGGUGAACUUGAUAUGGAGGAGGAUGCAAUAAUGUUGAACGAAUUUGUGGUCGAUUGUUUAGUUGAUAAUCCACCAGAAGCAGAAGAAAUGGAAGCAAUGAUGACAGCAAUAUCAUCUUCAGGCUCAGAAAACAACUCAUCAUCAACAACAAUUGAUAAUAAAAAUGGUGUACCGCCGCCUCGAAAGAGACCCAAGAGACUGCCGGAACAAUGUCAACACCAUAUUAUUGCCGAAAGACAACGUCGCCAAACUCUAAGCGAGCGUUUUAUUGCUUUGUCCGUCUUAAUUCCAGGCCUCAAAAAGCUGGACAAAACCUCAGUUCUUGGAGCAGCAAUCAUCCACAUGCAACAACUAAAAGAAAGAAUAAAGAUCCUUGAAGAACAAAUCAAUGCUAGAAAAGCAGUUGAAUCCUUUGUUGUCAUCAAACCACCACAAACCAGCUGCAUUGUUGAGAAUGAACACAAUAAUUCUUCAUCCACAGUAUCCAACAUUGACAAUCUCUCCAACAGAUUAUGUAAUGAUUAUCAACUCCCAGAAAUCGAAGCAAGAUUUUCGAAAAAUAAUGUCCUUAUUAAGAUUCACUGCCGAUUACAAAAGGGUAUUCUCAUCAAAAUCAUGAAGGAGCUAGAAAAGCUUCAAGUUUUGAUCACUAGUACUAAUGCUGUUCCUUUCACUAACAGAACAAUGGAUAUAAAUAUUAUGACCCAGAUGGAAUCCGACUUUAAUAUGCGACCACAAGAUGUUGUUGAAAAUCUACGUUUAAUCUUUAACGAGCAGCUUUAACUAGUUCAAGCUGUGUUUUUUUUAAUAUCUUUAUAAGAGAAUAAAAUGUAAACCGAACAAUCUAUUUAUAUUAUUUUUAUUAUUAAAAUAAUGAUUUUAUUACCUAAAAACAAAUAUCUAUAC